AUGAAGAAGUUUGUGAUGAUGGUGGCGGCGGUGUUGGUGGUGGCAGUGGUAGUGGAGGGGUCAGAGGGGUUCAGCUUGUGCAACAUGAGUGAGGAUGAUUUGAUGACAUGUAAGCCUGCAGUGAGCAAACCAUCGCCGGUGGAUCCAUCUCCGGAGUGCUGCAAGGCGCUUUCAGGAGCUGAUUUGACUUGCCUUUGCUCUUAUAAGAACUCAGAGACACUGCCGUUUCUUGGGAUUGAUCCUGAUCUUGCCAUGGCUCUUCCCUCCAAGUGCAACCUCACCCCUCCUGCUAGCUGCUAA